AUGUUUUUGGACAUAACGCCAAAUGUGAUUUUCCCAGAUUCCACUGCGAACACGAACUCUGGGUCUAUGAACUCGUCGGAGCUUGUCAUGAAUGGAAAUACUGCUCAGCAUUCAAAAAAUGGCGCCAACACCGCGUCAGGAACAGUUGGAACCCGCGAUCCGAAAGAAUUCGUCUUGCAAUUAAUGGAAAAUCCAUUGGCUGAAUUUGUAGAGCUUCCUGAUGAGGCUCUUCAAGGGGGGCUUUGGUACUCCAACGUGCUUGCGGGAGUCCUUCGAGGUGCCUUAGAAAUGCUUCAAAUUCAAACGGAAUAUUCCCUCCGAGGAGACGAAACAACAGAAAUUCGCAUCCGCGUCCUAAGAUUUUUGCAAGAAAUGGCUCCUCCUUCCGAUGAUUGA